GUCUUCUUUUGUCUGUAAAAUUGGAAGUUCGCUCUCUAUUCAAUCCGACGUUUUGCAAUGACUCGCAAAGGGGACUGUUGAUGAAGCAAGGUUGCGUCAAUGGAAACCGCGGUGCUCCAUCAUCCAAUUGGCCUUACCAAAUUCCCUUCUCUAAGUCGACCCGCACGAACCAGCCCAGUUAACUCGCCCAAACUCGUUUUGCACCAUCAGUUUCCCCAAUUUCACUUCGAUUCUCCUAACUUUCAUCGGUUGAUAGUCCAUUGCGUAGCCCAGGCCAGCAAUCACCACCGAAACAACCACCGCGACCAACAUCAUAGUCACGAACACACGCAUCACGAUCACGUUGGCGCUCAUCAUAAUCAUCACAAUCACGAUCACCAUCACCAUCAUCAUGGUGGCACGCAGGAGCUGAGGGGGCCGCAGAGAGCGUUGAUUGGGUUUGCGAGAACCAUAGGAUGGGUUCACCUAGCAAAUUUCUUGAGGGAGCACCUUCAGCUCUGCUGCUGUGCCACAGCUUUAUUCCUCGCCGCUGCUGCUUGCCCUUACUUGGUCCCAAAACCGGCCGUCAAGUCUUUACAGAAAACCUUCAUUUUUAUCGGUUUCCCGUUAGUUGGAGUCUCUGCAGCUCUUGAUGCACUUACUGAUUUAGCUGGUGGUAAAGUUAACAUUCAUGUCUUGAUGGCAUUAGCGGCCUUUGCCUCCAUAUUCAUGGGGAACUCACUUGAAGGAGGAUUACUUCUAGCAAUGUUCAAUCUUGCUCAUAUAGCUGAAGAGUUCUUCACCAGCCGGUCUGUGGUGGAUGUUAAAGAGUUGAAGGAAAAUUACCCUAAUUCUGCCCUUGUGCUAGAUGUGAAUGAUGAAAAUUUACCAAAUACCUCUGAUUUGUCUUACAGAAGCAUUCCGGUGCAUGAUGUGGAAGUUGGUUCCUAUAUUUUGGUCGGAACUGGUGAGGCUGUGCCUGUAGAUUGUGAAGUUUAUCAAGGUGGUGCAACCAUUACCAUUGAACACUUAACUGGAGAAAUCAAACCAUUGGAAGCAAAAGUUGGAGACAGGAUUCCUGGAGGUGCAAGGAAUUUGGAUGGUAGAAUGAUUGUGAAGGCAACAAAGACAUGGAAAGACUCAACUCUAAGCAAGAUUGUGCAGUUGACUGAAGAAGCACAAUCAAAUAAGCCAAAACUUCAAAGAUGGUUGGAUGAAUUUGGUGAAAAUUACAGCAAGGUGGUAGUCGUUCUAUCAGUAGCUGUUGCCCUUCUUGGGCCUUUUCUUUUUAAGUGGCCAUUCAUCAGCACAUCUGCAUCCAGAGGAUCAAUCUACAGAGCACUAGGACUUAUGGUGGCAGCAUCACCCUGCGCCCUGGCUGUAGCUCCAUUGGCAUAUAUUACUGCUAUCAGUUCCUGUGCCAGAAAGGGAAUAUUGCUUAAAGGUGGUCAGGUUCUAGAUGCUCUAGCAUCUUGUCAUACUAUUGCAUUUGAUAAAACGGGGACCCUGACAACUGGAGGGCUUAUGUUUAAAGCAAUAGAACCAAUUUACGGACAUCAUAUCAGAAAGAAUGCUUCAAGCUUCACAGCCUGUUGCACUCCUGAUUGUGAAAAAGAAGCUCUGGCAGUAGCAGCUGCAAUGGAGAAGGGUACGACUCAUCCUAUUGGAAGGGCUGUGGUAGACCAUAGCAUAGGGAAGGACCUACCUUCUGUUUCUGUUGAAAGUUUUGAAUGUUUUCCUGGAAAGGGUCUUGUUGCUACUCUACUUGGAGCUGAGUCAGGAACUGGAGCUGUUAGAAGUUUAAAAGCUACACUUGGUUCUGUAGAGUUCAUCACUUCACUUUGCAAAUCUGAAGAUGAAUCCCGAAGGAUCAAGGAAGCUGUAAAUGCUUCUUCAUAUGGAAGUGACCUUGUCCAUGCUGCUCUUUCUGUUGACAAAAAGGUAACAUUGAUUCACCUUGAGGAUAGACCUCGCCCAGGGGUUUCAGAUGUUAUUGCAGAAUUGAAAAAUCAAGCAAAACUUCGUCUAAUGAUGUUAACUGGUGACCAUGAGUCAAGUGCAUGGAGAGUUGCAAAUGCUGUGGGAAUCAAUGAAGUUUACUGCAGCCUGAAGCCUGAGGACAAACUUAAUCAUGUGAAGAGUAUCUCGAGGGAUAUGGGAGGAGGUCUGAUCAUGGUAGGUGAAGGAAUUAAUGAUGCACCAGCACUUGCAGCUUCAACAGUUGGGAUUGUGCUUGCUCAACGUGCCAGUGCAACCGCUAUAGCUGUCGCAGAUGUCCUCUUGCUAAGAGACAAUAUUUCUGGUGUUCCAUUCUGUAUUGCAAAGUCUCGCCAGACAACUUCCCUGGUCAAGCAAAACGUGGCCCUUGCUUUAUCUGCCAUAGUCUUGGCCUCUCUUCCAUCUGUUAUGGGAUUUCUUCCCUUGUGGCUGACGGUUCUGUUACAUGAAGGUGGGACUCUUCUUGUCUGUCUUAAUUCAGUUCGUGCCCUUAAUGAUCCUUCAUGGUCUUGGAAGCAGGAUUUGGGCCAUGUAGUAAAUGAAUUCAAAUCCAGGCUUUUGCCACCAACAAAGAAUCCUACCAGCAGUUCUACCAACCAACCAGCAGCUUUGUAGCACCUUUAGGUUGGUUAUCUUCUACAUAAUUUCCAUUCUUUUUUGAGGUUGAUAUAGGCGAAAGAAAGAGCCACGAUUCUGAUUGGUUGUUCAUAUAAAGGAAGUGUAGAGAAUCCUUAAGGUAUAUUGCAAGUCAUGUAGUUUUGGAAGAGAAA